AUAGUGAAAGAUGGCGGCAAUUCACAUCAAUCACGAUGUCUUCAAUAAGUAUCAUACUAACGGGAAACUUCGACUUACAACAGGCUAUGUUCAGGAGGCUAUCGAAAACAAUGGAUAUCCUGGACAUGAUGGAAUCGUUCAAGUUUUGAAAGGCAAAGUAGAGCAAGGAGAGCAACUUGGUCACGCAUUCACUUUCAGAAUUCGUAUCUCAGACGGUGUUUUCCAAUACAAUGCGCUCAUGUCCGCUGAUAUCGAUGACCAAAUCAAACGUGAAGUUGAGCAUCUUGUUGAGGGAACAAUUAUCGCUCUUACUAAAUUUGAAAUCUACGACCAAGGAGAAGGUGCUAAGAAUUGCUUCCUGAUCAAAGGAUACAAAAUUCUUUCUCGCUAUCAUCAGGUUUUGACCUCUCCAGAAGUCAAGCCAAGAUCUCAUUCUGGCAAACCUGAUGAGCACAAAGGCUAUAGACCAAAUAUUAUCAUCGAAGAUGUUUGGCCUGAAGCUGAAGGAAUGGCUGCUGAUUACCAGGAGAAUAUGGCAAAUCCACCAGCAGCAAAAGCGCCGAAAAGAGAAUUCGGAGAAGAAGCCUCAUACAAUCGUGCCGCUGCUCCAGAGGCUACACGCGCUCGAGCUGUUCCACCACCAGCACGCCGUACCGCGUCGAACACAGAAAGAGGCGUGAUGCCUAUUGCAAUGGUUACACCGUACGUAUCGAAUUUCAAAAUUCACGGAAUGGUAUCACGCAAGGAGGAAAUUCGUACUUUCCCAGCGAAAAACACGAAAGUGUUCAACUUUGAAAUAACCGAUUCAAACGGAGAUACAAUCAGAUGUACCGCAUUCAACGAGGUUGCUGAGUCCUUGUACACCACAAUCACCGAGAAUCUUUCUUAUUAUUUGUCUGGUGGAUCAGUCAAACAAGCAAAUAAGAAGUUCAACAAUACUGGACACGACUACGAGAUCACACUUCGCAGCGAUUCUAUCAUUGAAGCUGGAGGUGAAUUGCUUGCUGCUCCAAAGCUCAUACUCAAACGAGUGAAGCUAGGUGAAAUCGCUGGAUAUGCUGGACAACUGAUUGACGUUCUCGUCGUGGUUGAAAAGAUGGAUCCAGAGGCUACCGAAUUCACUUCAAAGGCUGGAAAAUCUCUGAUCAAGCGAGAAAUGGAGUUGAUUGACGAGUCUGGAGCACUUGUUCGAUUGACACUUUGGGGAGACGAAGCAACAAAAGCACUUGUUGAUGACUAUGUUCAAAAAGUAAUCGCAUUCAAAGGUGUUAUUCCAAGAGAGUUUAAUGGAGGAUUCUCUUUGGGAACUGGGUCAGCAACUCGUAUUAUUUCGGUGCCAGAAAUCGCUGGAGUGUCUGAACUCUAUGAUUGGUACGCAAACGUGAAACCAACCACUGAAGUUAAGAUGAUGAGCCAAGCUGCUGGAGGAUCCAAUGAAGCUCCACGUACUAUUGCAGGACUCCAAGAAAUGCAAUUUGGAAAGGAUUCCGACAAGGGAGAUUACGCAACUGUCAAAGCAAUGAUUACCAGAGUAAAUCCUACGAAUGCUCUUUAUAGAGGAUGCGCUUCAGAGGGUUGCCAAAAGAAACUUGUGGGAGAAAAUGGUGACUACAGAUGCGAAAAGUGCAAUAAGAACAUGAACAAGUUCAAGUGGCUGUACAUGAUGCAGUUUGAACUUUCGGACGAAACCGGACAGGUCUAUGUCACAGCUUUCGGAGAUAGUGCUGCGAAGAUUGUUGGAAAAUCAGCUGCGGAGCUUGGAGAAUUGCACGAUGAAAGCCCAGAUGAGUACAACGCUAUUUUCGAACGCCUUCAGUUUGUUCCAAAGAUGUGGAGACUUCGUUGCAAGAUGGAUUCGUACAAUGAAGAAGUUCGUCAGAAGAUGACUGUCUAUGGUGUGGAUGAUGUCAAUCAGGACAAGUACAUCGAAAAUCUGAAGCAAAUGAUCGAGCAGAUGCAACAAAUGAGUGACUACUAAAUGUUCUGUUUUUUAUUACAUCGUGCCGAUCUCGACUGUUUCAUUUAAAUCUAAAAAAACCUAAAUAUUAUUAAAACCUUUUUUGAGCCUAAAGUUAUCACAUGUCUCACAUCCACAAUCGCUGAUUUUGUACAAUGUUUUUCAUCUCAUUUACUAGCGAAUAAACUAUACGAUGUG